UAUAUAUACAUAUAUAUGUAUAUAUAUAUAUACAUAAAGCUAAAAAUAAAGCUAAAAUAUUAUGGAUUCCUAUACAGUAAAUGGACUUCACAUGGAUGUGACUGUGGGUCUGAAGGGUUUGAUGAGUUCUCCACACACACUGCCAGGAUCUUUAUUUUCACGUCUUGGACACAAACACUGCUGAUCUGUAUAAAUUAUAUUCACUUCAUAUGAAGCUGUGUGAUAAAUCUCAUUUAGCUCUUUAAAAUCAAACAUUAUUAUCCUCUUUCAUAGUUAUUGUCAUUCUUGUUUCCUAAAAUGACUGAUAAAUUGCAAAUGAAUAUAGUAUAAAUGUUUGAAUUUUCUUAAAUUAUUGUAAAACAUGUGAAACACUUUCACAGCUGCUUCAUUUCUUGUGAUAUUUGUGUGUAUAAAGUGUGCGUCUUCAGCAUAUGACUGAUCCACAAGACUGAGAGUGGAUUUGGUGCAUUUGUAUUCAAAAUUGUAACAUUAAUGAGAAAUACUUAGAUUCUUGUGACACAUACUAGAGUUACAAUGGAUUCUCCCAAAGAAUAUUCAAACAAUAUUAUGCUCUUUCCGAUAGUCAUACUUGUUCGACUGAUAAAUUGCAAAUUAAUAUAAAGUAUAAAUGUUUGAAUUUUGCUGUGAAUGUAAAUCAACAAGUCUGGAAUUAUUGUAAAAAAUAUGAAACACUUUCACAGCCGGUUUAUUUCUUGUGGAUAAAGUGUGUGUAUGUAAGCUGUGGUGCAUGUCAGCAAAUGACUGAUCCAUGAGAUUGAGAGUGGCACAAUGACUGAAUGAUCACUUUCUCCAAAGUUAUCCAAAGCAAAUUCAGUUCAUCUUUCACAGUAAACGGCUGCACUUAUGAUCACUGCUGUUUCUAAAUGUUUGGAUUCAAGUUGAGGAGGCACGUGGGUGUGUGUGACUCCAGAAAAGAUGCAUCAGGGUACUUAAGAGGAGCAAGCUUACUUAACCUCCUUUUACUUCACCUCAUAAUUAGUGGCUGCGAGCAAAAACCCGGUGCUCCGUCCUUACAAAAACAAUGUUUAUUAAGAACAGUCAUGAGGAUAUACAUAUUAUGAAUAAUUCCUUUCAUUAAUUUGCCGACAUCUCCUGUUUGGAGACUUGAAAAUCAGAGUGAUUAAUUUAUGAGUCUCUCAAGAAUUUCCUCAGUUGCCUGCCUGUUGAUUGCAGAGCUGGAGUUUAUUUAUUAGUCGCUCCAAUGAGCUCGCGAUUCAACAGACGCUGGCAAUUAGUCCCGUGUUUUGCAUAUCGCCUUACACUUGUCAGCGUGGCUUUACGCGCGGCUGCAAAUGGCGUUUUGAUAGACCGCUGCCUUUAUUCUUGACCAUGACGAGCACGUUUUUGAGGUGAUUUUGACUCAAUUUUCUUCCCCGUUGCUACUUUAUGAUAGGCUUACAAAAAUACAGUGUCAGGUUCGUAGCCAAUUAGAGUGUGGAUGUGACCCAGCGCGUAUCAAGGAAAGGAGAGUUGUGCCUCUGGCGUUGAAAACGACCCUCACACUGAAAUAAGUCAGGAAAGGGAAAAGAGCGGUGUUCACCACUGACUGUGUGUGUGUGUGUGUGUGUGUGUGAGGAAGUGUCGCUGCACGGCGAGUGAUUAAUUACGUCGCAGUGAAAUACAUGUGUACCCAAUAAAUUAAGAGCUCUUGAGACUUUUACGCACACAGGUGAAGCGUUGGAUGCGCGUAAAGGGAACUGCUGCGCACCUUUCCUGCAGACCUCUUUAUAAGGAUAACGCGUACGUCGACUGGGAGACAGUGUCCCACAUUGAGGAGGACAUUCUCAGCGCUGUGACGCUUUCUCCGGAUCGCCUUCAUGUCGUUUCUCGCCUCUGAGAAGCAGCAAAGGUCUGUGAUUAUAUACUGAUGGUUGGAAGACAGACGCUGCGAAUGGACGGCGGCUCUUGUUCUGGGACGGUGGCGGACGACAGUCCCGCGUCCAGCCCCAGCUCCAGCCCAAGCCCGGACGGCCGUCGGCGGGAGCUGCAGCGGGCCCGGCUGCUGCAGAGCGCCGGGCUCGGCGGAAGAGGACGCCCGGCGGCGGCGAACGCGGCGCGGGAGCGGAGCCGCGUGCAGACGCUGCGCACCGCCUUCCUGGAGCUACAGAGGACUUUGCCGUCGGUGCCGCCGGACACCAAGCUGUCCAAACUCGACGUGUUGAUACUGGCCACCACUUACAUUGCCCAUUUGACUCGAACACUGCAGGAGGAAGGCGCGGAGGAGGGAGAGAGCACAAAACAAACAGAGGCGUUAAACUCACUCAAAGGUGACGGAUACCUGCACCCAGUCAAGAAAUGGCCAAUGCGGUCCAGGCUGUACGUGGGCGCGUCCGGACAGUUCUUGAACACCUCGAACGCUUCAGAGUCUGAGAACCAAGGCCCGUCCUCGUCCAAGUCCUCGUCCAAGUCCUCGUCCCAGUAACAAGGAUUCACUCAUUUGUAGGGGAAGAAAAAUCAUCAUCACUUCAUCAUCACAUCUGUGCAUGAGUUCAUGCUCCUUUGACUGUUGUUUACGCAGCAGAAGGUUGUCUUACACCUGUACAGAACCUCUGCCGUUAUAUAGGGACACAUUGUAAAUUAAUAUAUUAAUUUUAAUGUACAAAGUUGUUGGCUCUUGUGUGUUGUUGGUGUGCAGCAGCAGCAGCUCCGUACAUGUUAUAAGUUUAAGUGUAGAAAUUCCACGGGGCUAACGAGUCCGUCAUGCUUGAGGUGCCGCACUUUGAGUUGAAACAUUUGCACUAAAUGCAUGUGUGAAUACGUGAACAUCCGUCAUGUGAAGUGUUCUGUCAGGGAGAGUCUACAAUGGGAGACUCUUCAUCUCACGUUCCUCCGUAUUUUCUUUUUUUUUCAUGCAUGGCUGUAAAUGUGUUUGUGAAUAAAUGA